UGGAUAGUGAGAGGAGCAGCUGUGGGCUGUGGAGAGGGAUGGCAAUCCCAUGCCAGCCCUGGACUCGGAUCGGGACCUGUCCACAGAUUGAGAAGCACGCAGGGCACCAGGUCCUGGGCUCUGCACCAGCCCAUGCUCUUCUGUCCCCAAGCUUCCUCCACCCUGACCAGUUCAAGUGACCAUGGAAGAAGACUGUGGGGACCAAAGACAGACUGAACAAGGAACCAAAGAGGCCUAGGAAAGCAGAAGUGGGACGUGGAGACCAGACCUUCUGUGAGGAGGCUUGAAAGUGUUCCCCCUCAGGAGCCUGACAUUGCUGUGGGUGACGUCUGUGCCAUAGAAAUGACCCUGGGGAAUGGGAGGGCAUGGCUGCCUACAGCUCUACUGCUUCUACAGGUCCCAGGCUGUUCCUCUAUAAGUGGCCCCACUUCCGUGACGGGCACUGUGGGGGGAUCCCUGAGCGUGCAAUGUUCAUAUGAAGAGCAAUUAAGAGAAGGUUCCAAAUACUGGUGCAAAAGGCCAUGUUUUUGGAAAACUGUGGAGACCAAAGGGUCAAACAGAGAAGUGCGGAAUGGCCACGUGUCCAUCAGGGACCAUCCUGCAAGCCUCACCUUCACAGUGACCUUGGAGAACCUCACAGUGGAUGAUGCAGGAAUAUAUCGGUGUGGGAUCGAUACAUCAUGGUUAGGAGGAUACUUGCAAGACCCCGCCGUCCACAUUGUGGUGUCUGUGACCCCAGGCUCCACUGAAGCCCCCAGCAUCAUGAGGUCCACCAGCCCCCCAGGACUUCACAAGACCCUGUCAGCACCCACGGGGAGCACUGCAAUCCAACAAGAGACCCCCAGUCCCAGCCGACAACCCCGGAGGUCCCUGCUCAGCAGCAUCUACUUCUUGCUCCUGGUCUUCCUGGAGGUGCCCCUGCUUCUAAGCAUGCUCAGUGUGGUCCUCUGGGUGACCAGACCUCAGAGGGGCUCUGGGGGACGGGCAGAGUCAGCCUGAUUAUGAAGACCAGUAACACCUAUUGCCCAUUGAUGAUCUGUCUGGGAACACAGCGCCUCUCAUGGAUGGGAACGGCCUUCUGACCAAUACAUCCAACUGUUGUCCACAUUUCUAUCAGAAUACUCUGUAUGGGAAUGCAAG